AAUUUGUAACAUUGCCGCUGCAAUGAAAACUGUGUUUUAUCGUUGUGAAAGACAUGAUAACUGUCAAGUACAAUUUACUUAAUUAUUAUUUACUCGCGAGUGAUUUAGUAGAAUGUUAUUUUUAAUGAAACGUCAAUUUAUUGUUACUGAAUAAUGAAUUUCUUUUCAAUAAAAUGUCGAUUACCUAGAUAAAGAGAAUGGCCUCCAUAGACCUUGUCUUUAGUGUCACGACCAUUCAUAACAUUUAGAAUAUUGUUUAAGUUACAAGGAUUUUAUGAAACUUUUUUCAAGUUUUCGAAAUAAUUCGUGACUUUUUGAACAAUUUUUUGUGGAAUAAAGUAGUAAUAACGCUGAGUGAUAAUUUCGUAGCUUUAAAAGGGACUAUAAGUGACGAUAAUUGGAUAAAUUAGAGAUUAAUUCAAUUACUUUUUUGUGUAAUUAUGGAGGGAUCAGAAGAACCUUCAAGUCUUCAAUCAAUUUGUCAUGUUCGUGCAUCUGAGCUUUUUCCGAAGCAUACUCAUUUUGAAAGUGACGACCCAUCUUUAAGUAUACCAUUUACGCCGUUAAAUGGAGAAUUUUUAGUUGCACUAGGAAGAACUGCUGAUGGUACACUAGCAUUAUCUAAUUAUCGGUUGUACUUGCAAUUAAGCCAAGCGUGUUACAACAUACCAUUGGGUCUCAUUGAACAACUCGAAGUUAAAGAGAUUUUUUUUCUUCAUAUUUGCUGUAAAGAUGCACGUUCAGUGAGCUGUGCAUUUUCGACAAAUGAACAUUGUCUCGACUGGUUCAAGAGAAUCCACAAAGCUAUUUAUUCACGAAAAAGUAUUGAAGAUAUUUUUGCGUUUGCAUAUUAUGCAUGGUCUACUGAAGAAGGUAGAGACUAUCCAAGGCUUGGGAAGGAUAAUAAUUCGUUCAUUGCAACAUUUAAUUCUGAGGUUGAACGAUUGAAAUUCAAUCUUCAUGGAACUUGGCGUAUCAGUCACAUCAACAAGGAUUACCAAAUGUGUCCUUCCUAUCCUCCAGAAAUUUUAGUACCGGCUUGUAUUCCGGACAAAAUCUUAGAAGCUGUCGGAAAGUUCCGAAGUUUUAGGCGGAUUCCUGCUGUUGUUUGGCGUAACGUAAGAAAUGGUGCUGUGAUAGCACGUAGUAGUCAACCAGAAGUAGGUUGGUUAGGUUGGCGAAGUCCAGAAGAUGAAGACUUACUAAAAGCUUUAUCCGACGCAUGUUCAUAUGACAGAGGGGAAUCAACGAUGAUUGACUCUCCAAAUUCAUCAUCUAAUUCUAGUGAAGAUGCUGUUAGUAUUCAAAGUCCUACGCCAAAAAAAGUAUUGAUUAUUGAUGCAAGAUCUUAUACAACAGCGGUAGCUAAUCGUGCACGUGGAGGUGGUUGUGAGUGUCCAGACUAUUAUUCCAGCUGUGACAUUCAGUUUAUGAAUCUUCCAAAUAUACAUUCGAUAAGAAAAAGUUUUCACGCGAUAAGACAACUCUGUGCAUCUGAUGCUAAUUUACCAAAUUGGUUAACAUUAUUAGAAGGAACUCGAUGGCUACAACAUAUGUCUGAUUUACUGCAGGCUGCAGUUACUGUUGCAUCAGCUAUUGAAAGAGAAGGACGUCCAGUGCUUGUGCAUUGUACUGAUGGAUGGGAUAGAACGCCUCAGAUUGUUGCACUUGCACAAAUAUUAUUAGAUCCUUAUUAUCGAACUAUGGAAGGAUUUCAAACACUUUGUGAGAGAGAAUGGUUAGACUUUGGCCAUAAAUUUGCUGAUCGAUGUGGUCAGAUAAUUGGCUCUGAUGAUCCAAAUGAAAGAUGUCCAGUGUUCCUUCAAUGGUUAGAUUGUGUCCAUCAAUUAAUCGAACAAUUCCCAUGCAGUUUCCAGAUGUCUUCUACAUAUUUUGUAAAACUAGCACAGCAUACAUAUUCGCAAUUAUUUGGUACAUUUUUAUGUAAUACAAGACACGAAAGGUUGCGAUUAAGGAUAAGAGAGCGUACAUUUUCGGUGUGGCGUUUUUUAAAUUCAAGUUCAUUUAUAAACCAUUUGUAUUCACCGUCGAAAAAUCAGGUAUUGUGGCCAAAGUGUAAUGUACGUGACCUUGUACUGUGGUCUGAAGUCUACCUUGGAUCUAUGGAAAUGUCACUUAAUAAACCAGAUAAACAAAGAGUUCCUCUAAUCGAUAAUGAAAACAACGAUAAAGAUGAAACUCAUGGGCAAAUGACUAAAACACGAUCUUAUGGUGAUCUUAUUCAUCCACAAGAUCAUGCAGCUUAUCUUUACCGUCGACUUAGUGAUCCCAGUAUUUCUAUUGAAAAAAAGUUUGAUGCAAUUACUCUGGAAAAUGUAUCGGAUAAAGCAGAAGGUGAAAGUAUUGACGAUAAAAUUAAUGGCAUUUGUGAACCAAUAAAGGAGAAUGGUUCUCAAGCUAAUCAUAACAAUAAUAAUGAAAUACCAAAUAAUCCUUCAGUAGACAGUUCUACUGAUACUCUUAUACCCAGUAGUGAAACAGGUGUAAUAUCUGAUGGCAAAAAUGACACGUGUCAAACGUCUCUUUCUCAAGAAAAUGUGGCUUUUUGGGUAGAAAAUAAUACAGAUCAAGCAGAAUGUAAUCAUGUAAACCAUGAAGGGAGUGAAAUAAGUGAAACAAGUGUCCCUUUAACAUCAAGAACACCUAGCAGUAUAUGUCCUGCUUCUCCAAUACAUCAAGACCUUGUCAUAGAUAAUCCUGAUAGCCUUGACGACGUGGAUGGACUUCCCGUUCUUCAUUGUGAUAUACAGUUACGCAUUCAGCAAAUUAUUGUUGAACACAAGGUGAGAGAAGAAGCUUUGAGAAAAGAAUUACACACUACGCGGAUAGCUUUAAUUAAAAAAGUCUGUAAUAACCAUAAUGAAGAAAACGAUCGUACUGAUGAAAUUGGCUCAUUACCAGAUUCAGUAGGUAGUGCUGGAGAUCACGGCGAGUCUCUACCCUCAGAUAUGUCUUGGGAAGCAGUAGAAGAAAUUGGACCUGCUCCAACACUUUGGGUUCCCGAUCAUGCUGUCAAUAGGUGUAUGGGAUGUGAUACACAAUUUUGGUUAGGUCGACGAAAACAUCAUUGCAGAUGCUGUGGUAAAAUUUUUUGCGCUGAUUGCUCUGAAAAUUCAACACCACUUCCUAGUGAGCAACUUUAUAACCCAGUGAGAGUUUGCAGUGAAUGUUUUUCUCGCUUACAUCAUCAUUCAAAUUCAUGUCAAUGUAAAAGUCUCCAAAAAAGUAAGCACAUCGAUAACGAUUCUUUAGAUUCAAUUUCCAAUUCUGAUAUCACAUUUAUCAAUACAAAAUGCAAACUAAAUUCUAUUCAGUCUAAAGAAAACAAUGGUGAGACUUCAUUGACAAUUAAUUGCCAAAAAAAUAAUCGGUGAAGUUUACACUUCUCUGAAUCGAGUGGUCAAUUAAUGAAUAAAAAGAAAAGCAAAAGAAAAGAUAAACGAUAUUUCAAUUGAAUUCGUUCAAUUCAAAAUUAACAUCUGAAAUGAUAAUGUAAAAUAAAAUCUAAAAAAGGACAAAGAUACGAUUAAUAAAUAAAUGAUAGUGUAGUUUCUUGCACUUAAAAAGUUUUUUUUAUUUAUAUAAAGUAAAUAUAGAAGGAAUGGAUAACGUAUUAAUGUCUUAUAUUAUACAUGAUAAAAUAUUUAUUACUCAACUAAUAAUAUUUUUACGACAAUGCAUAUAGAAUCAGUGUUUAUUAGAUAUUCACAUCAGAAUAAAUAUAAAUUUUAGUAUAACAUAAGUAUAUACAUAUAUAUAAAUGAAAUUGUACAUAUGUAUUUUUAACGAGUCAGUACGUGUAUGUGGUUAUAAAGUGAAAGAAAAAAUUAUUUCUUGAAAGAUUAUAUUUUACCAUACCAAGCGGUGACAUCCACAAUACUGUGCACAUUUGUGCAAGGCUGUGAUGGAUUAUUUUCAGACACGUAUCAACGAAUGGACUUGUAUAGUAAUAAAUAGUAAAGUAUAACAAUUAAUUAAUAAAUAAAUAUAUUAAUGAUAUUAAUGAUCAAUUGAUUAAAUACUAAAUUUAACAAAUCAAGUAUCAAUAAAACAAUUCUUUAGUUCAAAUUUCCUUAUUGAUCAUUAUUGUAGUUUUAUCAUAAACUAAAUUACAUUCAUCACACAAUUGUUAUUAUU